AUGGCAAAAACCAAAGGAGGAGCAGGCUCCGGAAGCACCCAACCACCGAAGAAGAAAAGCACCAAACCUCCACCUCCAAAGCGUACCACGAGGCGAACCGCUUCGGAGGAGACCUCCACCAAAAUUACCGAAGACCCUUUGCUGAAUAUCCAGCCCGAGGACAGAGGGCGUGCCGAAGUCCUUCAACAAGAGGAACAGGAAGUAGCAAGAACAGCCGCCGAGUCAAAACAACCGGAAGAAGGGGAGCCCGAGCUCACCCUUCCUGUGAAGAAGUCAAAGAAGGCCCAGACGGGCAAGGCAACUCCGGCGCGAUCCAUUGUCGCACCACCACCUGUUCAAACCCAACCUCAACCGCAAAUUCCAGAAACCUCCAUGCAGGAGGGGAGAACAACUUCCGAGGAUACGGAAGAAGAAGAACAGGAGAAAGGGGGAGAAGAGAAGGUGGACGAGGAGGAGGCUGAUGAAGUAGAGGAAGUUGAGGCCGUUCAGGAGAAGGAGGUAGAGGUCCCGACACCAUAG